UGUGAACACAGCCUUAUAUGCGCACGCGAAAUAAAUUUAGGUUAUAUUUUGGCUGCAUCUGUCAAAAUUGACAUUUAUAAACAGUAGAAAAAUGAAUGUGUUAGACAAAUUACGAUAUUUAGAUGCAUAUCCUAAAGUACUCGAGGAUUUUGACAGUUUUCGAAUAAAAACAUCUGGAGGAGCUGUUGUGACAAUUAUAAGCACAAUUAUAAUGGUACUUCUCUUUAUUUCUGAAGUCAGUGACUUUCUCACACCUAAUAUUAAUGAAGAACUGUUUGUUGAUACUUCUAAAGGUUCAAAUUUGAGAAUUAAUAUCGAUAUAGUCAUACCAAGAAUUUCCUGUGAUCUUUUAUCUUUAGAUGCAAUGGAUACGACUGGCGAACAACAUUUGCACAUAGAACAUAAUAUAUAUAAAAGACGAUUAAAUUUAGAAGGGAGACCUAUUGAAGAACCAAAGAAAACAGAUAUUACGGAAGUUAAACAGAAACCAGUUGAAAAGAACACAACAGUGGAAACGUGCGGAAGCUGUUAUGGAGCGGAAGAUGAAAUAGCAGAUAUAAAAUGCUGUAACACUUGCGAGGCAGUGAAAGAUGCAUAUAGAAGAAAAAAAUGGGCGGUGUCAGAUCUUUCAAAAUUUCAUCAAUGUCAAAACGACAAACGAGUGGAAAAAAUGAAACACUCUUUUACAGAAGGUUGUCAAAUUUACGGUAAAAUGGAAGUUAAUAGGGUCGCUGGAAGUUUUCACAUUGCGCCAGGUGAAAGUUUUUCAAUAAAUCACAUUCAUGUACACGAUGUUCAACCACAUGCUUCCACACAAUUCAAUUUGUCACACGUUAUACGUCAUUUAAGUUUUGGGAUCAAUAUACCAGGCAAAACAAAUCACUUGGAUAAUACCACCAUUACAGCUACAGAAGGAGCAAUGAUGUAUUACUAUUAUAUAAAAAUAAUUCCAACGACAUUUGUCCGUAAAGAUGGUUCGUUACUUUCCACAAAUCAAUUUUCAGUGACAAGUCAUUCGAAACAUGUAUCGCCAAUGUCAGGAGAUUCAGGAAUGCCGGGAAUAUUUUUUAAUUACGAAUUAAGUCCAUUAAUGGUGAAAUACACUGAGACAGCAAAGUCAUUUGGACAUUUUGCAACGAAUCUCUGUGCAAUAAUUGGAGGAGUUUUUACGGUUGCUGGGCUUUUUGAUGCUUUCCUAUACCAUUCGAUUCGAGCAAUUGAAAAGAAAAUCGAAUUAGGGAAAUUUAGUUGAAAUAUUACAAAUCAGUCACAUAAAGAUGUUUUAGUAAAGUAUUAUUUAAAUUAUGUAAUUAUAUUAAUUAUUAUUAGUUAAUAAUAAUAAUUAAUUACCCGAACUAAUGCGCGUGCAAUCGAAGAUAAUUCAAUAUUGAAGCAUGGACUAAUGAAAAAUAAGUUUUUUAACUUUAUAAAAAAUGAUCUUUUAUAAAUAUCUUCCUAAUAUUUCAUAAAUUUGUACAUCUGUCCUCCAUUUUAUAAAAAUUUGUAAAUUUUUCUAUACACA